AUGCAUAGAACCCGCCGGGCCUCUCACACAUCUUCCCACGAGGACACGCCCGUGCCUUCCCGGUCCAAUGUGCCCAAGACUACCCCCGGGGACUCGCAGCGGGAUCCUUGGCAGCCGGGGUCGGGGUCGGGGUCGCAGCACAUCCGCCCCGGCAGUGGCAAAUCGCACACCCACACCCACGCCCACGCCCACGCCCACGCCCAGCAUCAGCAUGGAACGUCGCAGCAACAUGCGGAGGGUCUGGCGCGCGUGCAGACGGGCGCAUCCUCCGCGAAGCCGCCGAAGUGGUGGCGUGUACGGCUCUUCCGCGGUAUGAUCCAGGAUAUCAAGCGGCGGGCGCCGUUCUACGCGAGUGAUUGGACGGAUGCAUGGGAUUACCGUGUGAUCCCGGCGACGGUGUACAUGUAUUUUGCCAAUAUUUUGCCUGCGCUUGCGUUCUCGCUGGAUAUGUUCGAGAAGACGGACCAGAGCUAUGGGGUGAAUGAAGUGCUGCUUGCUUCGGUUCUCGGGGCUGUGGUGUUUGCGCUAUUUGCUGCGCAGCCGUUGGUGAUUGUUGGUGUUACUGGUCCGAUCACAGUCUUCAACUACACUGUUUAUGAUAUUGUCUCUCCGCGUGGGACGCCGUAUCUCGCGUUCAUGUGCUGGAUUGGAAUCUGGUCGUUGAUUAUGCAUUGGGUCUUGGCCAUCACGAACGCCUGUAAUGGCCUGACCUAUGUGACGCGUUUCUCAUGCGAUAUCUUCGGCUUCUACGUUGCGUUCAUCUACCUCCAGAAGGGGAUUCAGGUUCUGACUCGGCAGUGGGGGCAGGUUGGAGAGGCGUCCGCGUACCUGAGUAUCAUGGUCGCCCUCCUUGUCCUCAUGAGCGGCUGGAUCUGUGGGGAGCUCGGUAAUAGCACCCUGUUUCAGAGAUAUGUGCGCAAAUUCCUGGAGGACUACGGCACGCCGUUGACUAUCGUGUUCUUUACUGGAUUUGUCCACAUCGGCCAUAUGAGGGACGUCGAGGUUGCGACCUUGCCCACCAGCAAGGCGUUUUUCCCUACGGCUGAUCGGGAUUGGCUGGUGGAUUUUUGGAAUAUCUCUGUUGGGGAUAUCUUCCUGGCCAUUCCAUUCGCUCUGCUGCUGACUAUUCUCUUCUACUUUGACCACAAUGUGUCAUCACUUAUCGCGCAGGGGACAGAAUUUCCUCUACGCAAACCUGCCGGUUUCCACUGGGAUAUCUGGCUGCUGGGGCUCACUACCUUCGUCGCUGGCAUCCUGGGCAUCCCCUUUCCCAACGGAUUGAUCCCCCAAGCACCGUUCCACACAGCCGCGCUGUGCGUCACGCGCGACGUCGCUGACAACGACGACACUAAUAAGGGCAAGACGAUCCGUAUCACCGACCAUGUAGUCGAGCAGCGAGUGAGCAACUUCGCCCAGGGUCUCUUGACACUCGGGACGAUGAGCGGCCCGCUUCUCAUCGUCUUGCAUUUGAUCCCACAGGGUGUCAUGGCCGGCCUUUUCUUCGUCAUGGGCGUGCAGGCCCUGCAAGGCAACGGGAUCACGCAGAAACUCAUAUUCCUAGCGCAGGACAAGAACUUCACCCCCGCGUCCAACCCGUUGAAGAGGAUUGAGCGCAGACGCGCCAUUUGGAUGUUUGUUAUUAUAGAACUGAUCGGAUUUGGGGCCACAUUUGCCAUCACACAGACGAUUGCCGCCAUCGGAUUCCCGGUGAUCAUUCUGCUGCUCAUCCCGCUGCCGUUCUUUGUGCUGCCGUAUUGGUUCACGAGGGAGGAACUAGCUAUUCUCGAUGGACCGACUGCGAGUCCCUUUACGAUGGAAAGCGUUGGUGGAACAUAUGGCUAUGAUGAGGUGGAAACCUCGGCUCCGUCGGCAGUAGAACCGCACCAGCACGGCUCUAGAACAGACGCGAUAGAUUCUUCCAUGAUGCGGAGAGAUGUAUCGUCUGAGUCCCCAGUAGAAGAUGAUCUGGAAAGAGGAGAGUCCCACGAACUACAUCCCAUGUCUUCGAUCCGGAGGCGGAGUGUUUCAGGUCGAGCGGACUGA